CUUCGUGUGCUUCGUAGUAGCGGGAAAACAAUCGGCGAAAUUCAGUAAUGGCUCGUGGACAUCAGAAAGCCCAGUCUCAAGCAAAGAACCUUGCCAAGCAGGCGGCUAUCAAGUCAAAACAGGGCCACAAUGCCAAUGCCCAGAAGAAAGCAGCUGCUAAGGCCCUCACCUACCAGUGCCCUGUUUGUCGGAGCAUGAUGCCAGACCCCAAGACAUUUAAGCAACAUUUUGAGAACAAGCAUCCAGGGGCUCUGCCUGAGGAACUCAAGGACAUCUGAUGCAAUGAAACGAAGAGCUGAGGUUGAACUUGCACACUGUUGGGGCUCCAGCAAGACGUGACCCAUCGUCACCUGAAUUGUCGGCAGUGUUUAAAAAUAUGAAUCUAUUGAUCAG